AUGCGAAUCGCUCAAUUGCAGCGGCCAUUGACGGCUGCUGCGUCUGGUAUCUCCAGACCAUCCUUGGGCCCCACGUCGAUUCGGCAACUCCAGGAUGUCUUCAGCCAGCUGCGGAUAGGCGGUUCUGGUGCGGCGGUGGAAGGUCGACGAUAUGCCGCUGUCAAGAGUCAGGGAAUGUACCGUCUUCGGGACUCGAGCACAAUUCCCAAGAAACUUGGUGCUAAGAAGAGCGGUGACUCCUACGUAAUUCCUGGCAACAUUAUCUACAAACAACGCGGCACCAAAUGGUUUCCCGGCGAAAACGUUGGCAUGGGCCGCGACCACACCAUCUACGCCCUGACCACGGGCUACGUGAAAUACUACCGCGACCCCGCCAAGCACCCCGACCGCCAAUACAUCGGCGUCGUCUUCAACAAGGAAGACAAACUCCCUUACCUCCCGCACUGCAUGCGCCGCCGCAAACUCAACAUGACAGCCUCCAUCAUUCCGCAGCGCGCCUCCGAGCCCGAACUCAGCCCCUCCGGCAUCCCGAACCAGGUCGUCCGCGUCGGGUACGGGCGCAAUCCCCACCCGCGCGAGGAGCGGAUUUUCAAGUUGCGUAAGGAUGGGUCGUAUAGUUACCAGGAGGAGCCGUGGAGGCUGGGUACGUUGAUCCGCACAGAGAAGAGGAAGAUGGGAUCUAGACGCGUGGCUAUGAGGCAGAGGAGGAAGAAGACCAAGGCUAUUCAGCUUGAGAUGAGGCGCGAUCGCGAGGAUAAGAUUGCGAGGAGAAAGGAGGCGUUAGAUGCGCAGAGGGCGGCUAAGACGCGGAAAAUGAAGGAGUAUUAUACUAGGAAGAAGGCGGAAUUGGCGCAAAAGGAGGCGAGUAGCGCGGCGAGCGGGGAGAUGCCGCCUAGUCAGCCGCCGCCCCCGAGGGUAGAGGCUUGA